CUUAAUCACGUCUGCUCCACCGAUGACCUAACUGGACUAAUAAUAUCCCACUGAUCCCUAAACAAAACUAAAAAGAUUCGAUCAAGAUCUUAAUCAAAGAAAUCGUCUACACUUUUAACUUUCCUAAUCCUAAAAGUUUCAAUCGGAAUCCUCCAUUGAUGCUGAAUCUACAUCCGCUGUGAAUCACGUAUUAUAAUGCUUUCACAACAUCUAAUCAGGGGGUUUUGAUUGAUUUGUGUUUCAACCAUCAGCGUUUGCCUUUAAGAAGGUUGUUCUUGAAAAGAUUAGAUUGCAACUGUGUAGAUAAUUGGUUCGAUUGGAUGGGUGCCAAAACUUCAAGGGACGAGGACGCGAGUUAUAAUCCUGCAUCCUAUCGACCAGCUUCGUCUUUUUCUGGAAAUCAGUACGACAAUUACCCUCAACCAUCUUAUUCACACCCACCGCAAGACGACCAUAAUUACCCCAUUCAGGAGGCAUAUCCAGCAUAUCCACAAGAACACUAUCCUGCACCUGCGGCAACAAUUCCAACUGCAACUCCGGCUCCCGCUCCAGCUCCAGCCCUAGCCUAUCCUCCAUCCCAUAGACCCCAGAAUAAGUUUGACAGGAGAUAUUCAACGAUUGCUGAUAGUUACAAUUCAUUGGAACAGGUGAGUGAGGCUCUAGCACGUGCAGGGCUUGAGUCCUCUAACCUCAUUCUUGGUAUUGACUUCACAAAGAGCAAUGAGUGGACAGGUUCAAGGUCCUUCCACAGAAAAAGUCUGCAUCAUAUUGGAGAAGGUUUGAAUCCAUAUGAACAGGCCAUAUCCAUUAUUGGGAAAACUUUGACAGCUUUUGAUGAGGAUAACUUGAUUCCCUGUUACGGAUUUGGAGAUGCAUCCACACAUGAUCAAGAUGUUUUCAGCUUUUAUCCAGAAGAGAGGUGUUGUAAUGGAUUUGAGGAAGUCUUGAGUAGGUACAGGGAGAUUGUACCCCAUCUAAAUCUUGCAGGCCCGACAUCGUUUGCUCCUGUCAUUGAAAAGGCUAUGACCAUCGUUGAAGAAAGCAGGGGACAGUAUCAUGUGUUGGUUAUCAUCGCUGAUGGGCAGGUAACAAGAAGUGUGGAUACUGAACGUGGUCGAUUGAGUCCACAAGAACAGAAAACUGUAGAUGCCAUUGUCGAAGCAAGCAAGCUUCCACUCUCUAUUGUAUUAGUUGGGGUCGGUGAUGGGCCUUGGGACACAAUGAAGGAAUUUGAUGAUAACAUCCCUUCUCGCAGCUUUGACAAUUUCCAGUUCGUGAAUUUCACUGAAAUCAUGACCAAGAAUGUGCCUCACAUCCGAAAGGAGACAGAAUUUGCUCUUGCAGCAUUGAUGGAAAUUCCUAUUCAAUAUAAAGCAACAAUUGAACUGAGUAUACUCGGUAGUCGCAAAGGAAUUUCUCCCCGGAGGGUCGCCCUGCCUCCCCCGGUUCAUAUUGCACCUUCUUUUAGUAGCUCAAAACCAUCACAUUCAGCUGGUUUUCAGGACCCGCAAUCUUAUUUUGACCAAAGCAGUCCCGUUACUGCUACUCCUUAUUAUGCUCCAACUAAUCUAGAGCGCACAGCCCCACCCGUUCCAAAUUCUACCUACGAAAAUCAGCUAUGCCCCAUUUGCCUUACUAACCCAAAGGAUAUGGCUUUUGGCUGUGGACAUCAGACGUGUUACGAGUGUGGACAAACGCUUAAGUUGUGCCCGAUCUGUCGGAGUAAAAUCGAAACUAGAAUAAAGCUCUACUAAGGUUGGUUUCUUUUAUCCAAUGUACUUUGGCUGAAAUUGUUACGAGUUGAAUGUGUGUGAUGUUCUUUUAUUUAUGUAAUCCUUUAAUUUUUGGCAUUUUGGAUUUGUAAAUGAAAAGAGUAUCUUCAGUUUGUAGAAUGUACAUAUUAAUGUAUAUUCAAAAUGAUGUUUCUUUUGGAAUGCAAGACAUUCCUUCUUCCAA